AUGGGCGCAGGUAUCCCCCCCGCGAAACGACAGCGCCUCUCUCCCAACCCGCCAUCGCCAGCACCCUACCAGUCGCCCUUUGGAGCACCCACAUACCCCCCCUCGCCGUACGCUACCUCUCCACUGGCCUCUGGCUAUCUGUCUGCGCCCAUAUCGCCCGCCACGACGCAGCCGCCGCCCUUCCACCAACCGCAGCCGUACCAGCAUCCAAACAAUAUGGGCCAGCAGCAGCAACAGCAGCCACCACCACAAGGUUCUAUGCCGCCGCCCAAGGUACCAUACAGCAAGACAGGAGACAGCUCAGAGCUGGAAAAGGCGAACGCGCGUGACCUGGACGUUAACAACAUCAGCGACGUUCUGACGGGAUCUGGCAUCGAUCUGCGUGCCGAGGAGGACAACUUGCUGCACAACUACCGGAGCUUCAACUCGCAGGCCUCGAAUUCCACUGUGUCGCCACAUGGCAGCUUCAGCAACUGGGGCCAGCAGGCCAACCAUGGCGCAUUCCAGGGAACGGGACCGCUCAGCCAGCCCAUGUCGCAGGAGCAGCACGAAGCCGAGUUUCUUCGGAAGCACGAGCAGGCUGCCCGCAUCUUGAAUGAGUCCGCCCAGCAACCCCUCACCGACCCGUUUCUCGCAGCGAAUGUGCUUAGGCAUCGCAUUGCAAAGCGUGCGUACGAUCACGGAAUCCAAGUCAACGUCGACGGCCUAUUCGACAAGAUUCCCGACAAGACGCCACGGGAUGUUACACGCACCGCCCAGGCUGGUGCUAAUGGCGAGCAAAUCGUCGGUUUGGAGGCGGCCAGUCUCCUCAACCAGAAUGCCUCCCUCGUUGAGAUUCUUUCGCUAUUAGCCUUGGCUGCCGAGGAUCGCAUACGCGCCAUUGUCGAAGACUCCUUCGCCCUUAGUCAAGGUCGCCAGAAUACCUCUCAUGGUAUCAUUCCGCCCCAGCUACUUGAUAUUGCCGCUGUGGACGAGAAAGCCGAACAGAAAAUGGUCGCGCCUGUCAACAUCUUGAGGACGCCGUGGGAAGCGCCGGAUAGCGCCGUCAGCCCCACCACGACAGCGAGCAAACAACCACCGAACGCGGCACGUCUACCAACCCCACCAAGCGAAGCACCGCCUACACCGCAGCGCACGUUCCAGAGCGUCAAUCGCGUCGCCCUUGCUCUCCAACAGCGCGUUAGGGAUGACGAGAAAUGGGAACGCGAACGCAUCCGCAAGCGUCAAAAACGUCUACAAGGCAACUCCGCUACACCCACAGAUACCCUCAUCACCCCUCUUCCCUUGCCAGAACCUUUGACGAAGAAGGCUCAAGCCGCAGCAAAGAAGCAGAAUCAAUCAGACGACGUCAUGUUCGGCAAAGCCAAUGAAACAGCCAGCAUGGCCCUCGGCGGCAAGAAGAAGAAAUAUUCCUGGAUGACUGGUGGUGGUGGCCCUGGCGGAGGUGGCGGUAUGAGCUCUGGCGCAUCAACGCCUCGACAGGCGCAAGUGGCGGGCACAAGUGGAACUGCUACGCCUGCAGCAGCGCCGCAGUUGGACAAGGGACUUCAAGGCAGGAAGAGGACGUAUGGCACUAUGAUUGAAGCCACGGAUAUCGGUGCCAAGAUCCAGGUUAGGGAUCUUGUGCAUGUGCUAGAAAACGAUGGCAGGGAAAAGAAGACGCUCACGGUGAUACUAGCGAGGCUGAAGAACACGGAUAAGGAUCUCAAUCCUAAAACAGUCGAGUAUGACAGGAGGCUACCGGCUUCUGCGGGUAGGUAA